UGUUUAUUAAAAAAAACCUACUUCAAUAGUAAAAAAAACCAAAUUUCUAAUCAAUCCAAUUCUUGCAUAUGAAUUCUCAAGCACAUACUAUUAAGAAUGAUCAGAUUAUUCUCGGAAUUGAGGUCAUUUCCCGAUCUGCUCUCGAACAAGAUGUUAAAACGUUAAUGAUUUCUUAUCAAAAAAAGCAAGCUUAUGAUUUCACUUCAUUUACUGAUGUUUGGAAAGAAAGGACAUUUUCUUUAAUUCAUUUCGCUUGUCCAGAGAAACUUGGCAGACCGGUGUUCAUGCAAACGCUAUAUCAAAUUUUUUUAUCUUAUAAUGUUAUGAAUACGCGCUUGCUUGAGAUAAAAUUAGGCAUAUUAUAUGGGUUAUAUCUUUUAUACUUCACACAACCAGAAGUUUUCCUUAAAGAGAGAAUUCGCCUUACUUAUGCAACAUGGCAACAGAUUUUUGAACUUUACAAAUACUGUAAACAAUAUGAUCUUCAUGAUGCGGUUUAUAUAUAUGAAAAAAUGAGAAAGGAACGUGUCUUCGAGUUCGUUUCCGAUAUUGAUCCCUGUGGGACAAUAUUAAAGAAAGGAAUAAAAAGAAAAGCAACAAACGAUUUCGAUAAUAUAAUUCACGAAAUAAGUAUAUCUCCUGUUGGUGGACUAGGGAAUACGGAUAUUUUGGAAGAUGGAGAUGAUAUAGCUCAACAAUAUUAUUCAAAAAGAAACAAAUUAAUGGGCACAGAUUUGGCAAAAGUUGCUUCUAAUAUAGUAAUUCGUCGCAGUAUAGAUAAUCAUCCCAUUGGGCAACCAUUUGACCCCUUUACAUUGUUAGAACCAUUGAGCGCAACGAAUGAACACUUUAAUGAUAAUCUUAAAGUUAAAUUAGAAAACAUGAAAUCUGAGCGGUUUGAAUAUUUGACAAGAGCUAAAACUUUGUUAGAAGGAAAUUCAAAAAACGUUGAAUGUCAACGAACUGCCUUUGACGUCCGAAAUGAAUUGCGUUUACAAUCAUAUCAGAGGUCAAAUCGUCAAUUUGUUCCAUUUUCGUUGAGAGCAACAUUAAAGGCAGCAGAAAGAGAUGAGAAAAGAUCUAGAACUUUUAGUAUGAAAGCUCCGCCACCACCUGCAAAAGUUUUAUCAUCUCUUGAAAAUCGGACAGCGAGAAAGGAUAGUUGAUCUUUCAAUUGACUUGUAAUAGGACUUGGUAUUGAAUUCGGUGGAAGUUAAAAACU